AUGUUGUCCAACCACAGAAUUUUAAAACACUUCAACUGCCAUCUAGGCAUCGCCUUCGCCGUCAUUGCAGUGUCGACAUUCAAUUACGGUUUUGACAAUGCAGCCUAUAACAACACCCAAGCCAUGGAGGCAUUCCAGACCCAAUUUGGCGAGUGGGAUGCCGACGCUGGAAAGUACAGUAUCCCUCCUUCGUGGCUCGCCCUGUUCAACAGCUUGAACUAUAUCGGUUUCGGUGCGGGAGUCAUCAUUGGCAGUCUAGUUAGUGAGCGUUGGGGUCGAAGAUGGUGCAUGUUUGGCAUGAGUGCUUGGGCAUUGGUCCCUGCCAUUAUGGCUGUGACAUCUGUCAGCAAGGAGCAAAUCAUGGCCACCAGAAUCCUUAACUACAUCUACAUUGGCAUGGAGCUCGCCGUUGUUCCCGUCUACCAGUCCGAGAUAAUGCCACGCGAAAUUCGUGGGUUUGCCGUUGGCUCUUACCAAUUCAGCUUGAUGUCUGGCACCCUCAUUGUCGCAUGCGCUUGUAGAGGCACAAGUACUCUAUCAGGCAACCUCUCGUUUCGAAUCCCCUUCGGCCUCUUCUUCAUCAUCCCCGUCUUCGUCAUGUGCGCCAUCUUCUUCAUUCCAGAGUCUCCACGAUGGUUGCUCACGAAAGAUCGAACCGAAGAAGCACGAGCGGCGCUUGGAAAACUACGAGAAGGAAAACAAACCGAAGCUGAGAUCGACGAGCAGUUUGCAGCGCUCCAAUACGCGUUGGAACAUGAGCCAGAGCAGGGAAACUACCUUGAGCUCUUCCAGGGAAAGAACCUCAAGAGAACUGCCAUCGUUGUCGCCAUGAACUUUUUCCAGCAGGCGACUGGUCAAGCGUUUGCCUCGACAUACGGUGCUAUUUUUAUUCGAGACAUUGGGACUGUCAACCCAUUUACCAUGACUAUUGUCAAUGCAGUCGUCAACCUCUGCUCUGCGUUUGCUGGUCUGUAUCUUGUUGAUCGGGCUGGUCGCCGUGCUGGAUGGAUGUUCUCAGCAAUUGUCACCAUGGGCGCUCUGGGAACUGUAUCGAAUCCAUCCUUCGGUGUCAAGUCGGGUAUUGUUGCCAUGCUCACGUUAUUCGGUUCUGAAUUCACGUUUGCCUUUGCGCCUCUCAACUAUGUCAUCACCACCGAAAUCCCUGCUCUCCGUCUUCGAGACGCAUCUCAGCGAACUGCCUCUAUUGUCAAUGUCGUGGCCAACUUCCUUGUCAGCUUCAGCAUUCCUUAUAUGCUCUAUGAUCAAUACGGAGGCCUAGGAUCCAAGGUUGGAUUUGUCUUUGCGGGUAUCCUCGUAUUAGCUAUCCUCUUUGUUAUCUUUUGCAUUCCUGAGUGUAAGGGGAAAUCACUUGAGCAGGUUGACCGCAUGUUCAAUGAAGGUGUUGCCCUACGCAAGUUCGGCAAGUAUAAGCCCGAGGAGAUGACAGGUGAUGUGGAGGAAGUAAUUGAGAAGAGUGGAAAGUAA